AUGUCUUCUACGCCAAUCGAAUGCGAUAUAUGUGGAAAAGUCGUCUGUCGAGCUAGUGACCUUGCACGUCAUAAGAGGACACAUACCGGGAAAAAGCCACACAAGUGUAUGGAGUGUGGAAAAAGUUUCAUCCAACGAUCAGGUCUCGUAAUUCACACUAACAUACAUACUGGCAAUAAACCUUACAAGUGUCAAUACUGUAAUAAGCGUUUUGGCGCCCCAGCCACUUUGAAUACACAUAGAAAGCGACAGGCCUGCGAACAAUCGCGCACUCUUUUCGAUCCUCCUAUCACUUAUCCGAGUCCGCCAAACUCACAAAAUUUCCCAUACUCACUUGAGCCAGGCCACAGCCACCUAUGGGGACCACAGCCGCAGGAACUCGCGGACACAAAAAAUAUCACCAACUCGUUCGAGUCAGGCUACAGCCAGCAUGAACCCCCUUUUCCCGAGCCCUAUAGAGUGUGGCAGGAACUUGCGCGGGAUACGCAAACCGCAGGCCACAGCCAACUAUGGGGAUCACAGUCGCAGGAACUCGCGGACGGUGUACUUCCGCCGUGCAGUCGUAAUGAAGCUUUUAAGUUGGAAGAGAUCCACUCAUCGGAGGAACUCAUAUCACAGGAGCCGCACCACACAUCCCUGCAGUCAACCAUGCGGUCGCCAUUCGUCGCGAUGCCAUAUUGCCCACAGGUACACCGGGAGUCGGUAAAACGGUCGGAAGAGGAUUUGGAUAAGUCGACCGGUGGACUUUGGGUGCACUGCUCGUGA